AUGGAAGAAAAUAGUGUUAACCCAUCCGAUGCUAAUAAAAUUAACCAGCCUGUUGUUGAUGAAUGGAAAAAUGAUGUAAAUAAUACUUCUAAUAAUGAUAACUAUGAUAAUAAUGUAGUAGAAACACUAAAUAAUACCACAUUAAAUGAUAAUUCCGUGUUUGAAAAUGCUGAUAGAGAAACACGAGAAAAUAACUUUGAUUUAUCUAACAAUGAAAACAACACUUGGGUUAAUCAAAAUGAACCAAAAAAUCAAUUUGGUAAUAAAAAUAACUCAGGAUAUCAUAAAGGACCAGGACGAUUUAAUAAAUCAAAUAAUGGCAAUAAUUCUUAUGAAAAAUCGUGGAGUAAUAAUUCCACUUCAAAUAAUAACGGACGUGGUCGUGGCCGUGGUCGUGGUCGUGGUCGAGGUAUUAUUAAAAGAUUUGAUGAAGAAAAUGAAUCAUUUAGGGGUGAAUAUGACUCUGAUAUUAAUAACCAUGGUGAUAACACUGCCCCUAGUCAUCGAGGUCGAGGACGAGGACAUAAUCGAGGUAGAGGUGGAAGACGUGAUCAAUCAUCAGGUGGCUGGUAUGGCAAUAGUGAAGACGGUCAUAAAAAGAAUGAAAAUGAUAAACCAAUUAUUCCAAAAGCACAGUAUAUUCCUCCUGAUAUUGAAAAUGAAGAGUCUAUUUCUGGAAUUGAGGCAGGGCUUAAUUUUGACAAGUAUAAAACUAUUGAAGUAAAAGUGAGUGGAACUAACCCUCCACAAAGUAUGACAUCGUUUCAUAGUUCUGGUUUGUGUACUAUCUUGUUAGAUAACUUAUCUAAUUGUAAUUUCUCUACACCAACUCCAGUACAAAAUUAUGCAAUACCUAUUAUCAUUGAUGGCAGAGAUUUGAUGGCCAGUGCCCAGACUGGUUCUGGAAAAACUGCAGCAUAUGUUUUACCUAUUUUGCAUAAUUUACUAAAGCAACCAACACAAUUAAUUUAUGACGAAAAUCAUUGUCAACCACAUGUUAUUAUUAUUGCACCUACAAGGGAGUUAGUGGCACAAAUUUCUGAAUGUGUAUGGAAAUUUAGUAAAGGAACUGAUAUUAGAAAUGGGUUACUGUAUGGAGGUACAUCUGUUUCAUAUCAAAAAUCUAAAAUCCUGCAGAGAGGGGUUCACAUAUUAACUAGUACUCCAGGACGUCUUAAUGAUUUUGUUGAAAAAGGUAUUGUGACUUUCUCUUCAGUUAAAUUUUUUGUUUUGGAUGAAGCAGAUAGAAUGUUGGAUAUGGGAUUCAAACCUGAUAUAGAACGAGUAUUAACAUAUUCAACUAUGACUCCCAUUGAGUCGAGACAGACAAUAAUGUUUUCUGCUACAUUUGCAAGUGAAAUACAACAUAUGGCCACUUCAUACUUGAAACCGGAUUAUAUAUUUGUAGCUGUUGGAGAAAUAGGAGGAGCAUGUAAAGAUGUUGUACAAACAGUAAUAGAAGUCACAAAAUUUAAAAAAAAAAAUGAAUUACUUGAUGUAAUUAAAAAAAUGGAAAAUUGUCAAGGUACAAUAGUGUUUGUCGAGAGAAAAAAAGUGGCAGAUUAUACUGCUGCAUAUUUAAGUGAAUUGGAUUACCCUACUACUAGUAUUCAUGGUGCACGCGAACAACCUGAACGAGAACAGGCAUUAAGAGAUUUCAAGACAAAUAAAAUGAAAAUUCUUGUAGCUACUGCUGUUGCAGCUCGUGGCUUAGACAUUAAAGGUGUGAAUUAUGUAGUGAACUUUGAUCUACCAAAAACAAUUGAUGAGUAUGUCCAUCGUAUUGGGCGUACGGGUAGAUUAGGAAAUGCUGGUAAAGCAAUUUCAUUUUUUGACCCAGAAUUUGAUGGUCUAUUAGCUCCUGAAUUAAUUAGAAUUCUCAAACAAGCAGAUCAAGAAGUACCAUCAUUUCUAAAUGAUGCUUCUGAACGUAUUCUUCUAGCCUCUCCAGCUAUUGACAAUUUCAACGAUAUAAGAACGAAUGUUGAUGUCACAUCCAACUUGGUUGCUACUGAAGAAGAAGAAGAACAGUGGUAGAUUACUUGAAUAGUUUAGGAUUUAGACUUACAAGAGUAUAAAUACAGAGUAAUUAUUUUAAUAUGAAUCAGUUAAUAUUAUUAAAAUUCAAGAAUCUAAAUCUGUUAUAAACAUGGUUUGGGACUUUAGGCAUUUACUUUUUUUAUUUGAAUUGACUUUGAGCAAAGACACAAUUGUUAUAGAAAUGUAUGUUAUAUUAUUAUAAUUUAAAAUAUUUAAUUUAUUCCAAUA